AUGAAACGAUUACAAUUACUGGGUAAAUCAAAAUACUUCUCACUGAUUUCAGGUCCUACUAAAGAGGAAGAGGAGAAACCCAGGCCUGAUGUCGAGAGCCCUCUGUUAGGUGCAAACCAUAGUAAUAGUUCAGAAUCGCUCUUGUUGGACGAUACAUCGUCUCUCAUGUGCCUGCCACAGAAGGUUUUACUGCUGAUACUGCGAAACCUAGAUUUCAACACAUUAGUCACUCUCUGUCAAGUCAAUUCGACGUUCUAUAAUUUAAUAACCAAUGAGUUCCUUUUCCAGAACAUUAUCUUGGAUUCGAAACUGUCGUUGUUAAAAUUCAACGCUUUGAUACAUUCUGAAUUUCAUACCUCGAACAUCACCUCACACAGUGGCGAUCAUGCUCGACACACACAAUCUAAAUUGCAGAACGCAAGAUUUUUAGUAAGGUCCAUAGAAUUCAAAAACCCACAAUCCCAGGAUUCGUUAUUAAAAUACAGCAAAUUCUAUAGUAAGAACGACCAAAAUUCUGUAAUUGCAGGGUCGUAUAAGCUCGAUUCGUAUGACAAAAACUUAUCAAAGGUAAAGAAUAUCAAAACACACGAUGACGUUCCCACCAUAACUUCGGAUCGAAUCAAACAACUGGAUAAAUUUGAAAGCAAUUACUUCCAUUACACUUACAUCGAGCUGAUGCUUGAUAUCAUCGACUAUUUGCCGAAUCUAACCAAGGUGGUUCUGAGCGAAGUGGAACCAAAUUUUAAAAUCCCUCUAUGGUAUUCUGUAUUUAAUGAUGGAUCUCGGGACUUCUUCAAGAAAAUCAUCAAGGGACAACAGUCCAUUACAAAUGAAGAUUUGAGGACUUUCCAAUUAUCCAAGAAUUUCGUCAAAGAAUACGAAUCUAAAUAUUACUCUUUACCGAGAUUAAAAAUUUUAGAAAUUAAAGCCAACAGCAAAAGACAAAGAUCAUCCAAUCGUCAACGCCACCAUCAGAAACUCUUACUAAGACCAAAUUUGUUCUGUUGUUUCGGUAUAAUCAAUGAACUCAAGCUGGAAAAUAUGAUGAUAGAUACAGAAUCACUAGACACUCCAAUGGAAUUUUUACCACUGUUUUUGAAAAAUGAAAAUACCGAACUCUAUAGUCUACAGUCUCCCAUCACUUCCUUAACUUUAAAUUCUUGUGAUGUGGUUCCUGGAAACGGGAUAUUACGAUUGUUCCAUUCUUAUUUCAAAAUGGUCAAAAAUUUGUCUUUGUUGAAAAUUAAUAGUAAAUUUGAUUUAUUAUUAUGUAGCUGUUUUCCAUCUUUAACGAAUUUAACCAUCGACUGUAAUAGUAAAUGCUUUACCAACGAGCAGGUGGUCAACGAAUCGUACUAUUUUCAACAACGAAACCACAAUGCAGAUGAUGAUUUUGACGAUUGCAAUUCGAUGACGGAAACGUUGUUCGAAGCGCCCUCUGAUUCCAAAAUAACAACUCCCCCGCCAACAUCUUCAGUUGUACUAUCUUUAAAUUUGAACUAUAUCUCUAAAACUACAGGGAAUGAUGAUUCAAAUAACCCAUCGCCAAAUAAUAACAAAAAGCCUGCCGUCUUAACACCAGCACAGUUGCAGACCUUCCAGAGACAACGGAUUCCUGAAUUUCAUUCCUUUUAUCAUUAUUACAAAUUACUUUGGGAAAGGAUCCCUAAUCAAAAUAUCUCUAUCAACGUCAUUAAUAUCCCGUUCACUAAUGUCUACCCAUUAUCUCCAUUAUCCUUUUGGGAGCACCUAGUGCGGACGAUGGUUAGUGACAAUGAAACAGACGAGAAUGCUAACGAUGCUGAUGACCAAGAAACAUUAAUUGGCUAUGAGGCUGAGUCAGAAAGGGCCGGUUCACCGGUCCCAAGUGCUGUUCCUAACUUGGCAACAGCAAUGGACCCAGAACUAAAUACUCAUCACUCUUACUAUUGGAAUAAUUCCGUAAAGCGUUGCAUGAGAGACAGUUUAAUCAAGUUGAGGGAUAGAACAUUGGAAUACAGAGACUUAGAUGUGGAAGAGUUUUUACAAAAUGUGAAUCUGGAAAAGUUUUUCAAUAAUUUCCAAGAUCCAGAAAAUUUUAAAGAUGUUCCCAACAUUAAUCUUUGGUGUUUCUUGAGAAAUUUAUCGAAGUUUAAAGCGGUCAAGAUAAGAAUGUUGAGGCAUUUUUCAUCAUGUACGCCUAGAACAAGAUACGACUGGGAGCUAUUACUAAAGCCAGUUUUGCGUGUGAACGUCCCUAUUGAAGUUCGUGAUAAAGAUGGAUUUGUUCUUUAUUCAUACGGACAAGAGUGA